GUAUCCUAAAAUACUUCCAAUUUUUACCAGUUAAUAUGUUGGGAGCCCAUGCACUACGAGCUAAACAAGAAGCGGAUCGCAGAGAUCGUGAGAAAAAAGAUCGGGCAAAAGAAUUACAAAAAGCAGCAAAGCGAUUGGGUGAAGCAGCUCAGUUAGUAUUUACAGAAAGAGCUGGUUCUUCUUCUGCGAGAAGCAACAGAGCUCAUUCAAUUUAUGAUUUUGCACUUUUAAGCGCUCGAUCUGCAUCAGAACAAGGAAAAAAUGGCAAAAUAAAAUCUCGUUUUUCUUUAAAUGUGGGAUCUUCCCCAUUGUUGAUAACUAGAGAAUUAGCGCCAAAAAGAGGAAGAAAUGCUUCUUCUGGUUCUAUCCAUUCAUUGCUUUUAUUGACACCGAGGUCUUUUACUGGCCCUUUCCACUCACCAGAUUAUAGAAGGAACAGAUCUGGUUCUUCACAAUCAGCUAGAUCUGCACCUUCGAAUUCUACAAAAUCUGCGAUUUCUUCUGCUGGUUCUAAAUUUCUUAGAUGGCUGGGGAUUUCAUCAAAAAAUGGAAAUAAUGAAAAAGAAACUACAAAUCCACGAAAAACUAAAGAAAAGAAAUAUAAAAGAAUGUCUGCAUUUUAG